AAUUGAGGCUCAAGCUUCAAAAAAGAACCCUGUAUAAUCAAUUGAUUUUGUAAUCAUUGGUUAAAAAUAAAUUGUCCAAUAACGUAAUCUAUCUUUAGUCUGUUGCUGGACGUUGGAGGUACCACACGGACGUAAGCAAUGUGGGGUACAGUACUAUGUGUGGUUGCGGCCACCAGCCUGGUGAUGGGAGAAGGAGAAUAUCUGCUGCCAGAUGACGUCAUCCCCUCGCACUACGAAGUGAAGUUAGCGUAUGACGUCGAUCCCAACACUAACUUCAGUUACUUCGGUGUCGUUGAUAUUUUGCUAAAAGCUAAGCGGCCGAUAUCUAAAGUCGUUCUUCACGCUCAAGACCUCUCAAUAGCCAAUGAAAAAAUAACUUUAAGGAGUGACAAAGAUGUCUAUCGAGUGACGGGUGUCGAUCUUAACGAUACCUAUAAUUUCUUAACGUUACAACUAGACAGAGAAUUGAAAGAGGACGAUAGUUACCACUUGACAAUACCGUUUUUCGGAAACUUGAAGCUUGGACUGGAUGGAGUCUACAUCAGUUCCUAUGUGGAUAAAGAUACUAAGAAGAAAGAAUAUCUUAUAGCGACACAAUUCGAGGCUACAUCAGCUCGUAAGGGAUUCCCUUGUUUCGAUGAACCGAUAUACAAAGCCACAUUUUCGAUCAACAUCGGUCACCCUAAGGAAUUCACAGCUGUCUCCAAUAUGCCAUUGAAGAUUUCAUCAGGUGACAAUGCUUUAGAAGACAUUUGGCCAUGGGAAGUAAUGCAGCAGUCAUUUGGAAAGCCUAGAACAAAAUACGUGUGGGAUGAAUUCGACAAAUCGGUUCCGAUGUCAACAUAUCUCGUAGCAUUCGUUGUCUCCAACUUUGCGUUUGUUGACAGUCCCCCUCAGUUGUCCAGUACCAAGUUCAGGAUCUGGGCACGUAAUGACGCUAUUGACCAGACAUCUUACGCGGCUACAGUGGGUCCGCGCGUGCUCUCGUACUUCGAAAAAUUCUUUAACGUCACCUUCCCACUUCCCAAACAAGACAUGAUAGCGAUUCCAGAUUUCUCAGCGGGUGCUAUGGAGAAUUGGGGAUUAAUAACCUACAGAGAGACUGCACUUCUCUAUGACAAGGAAGAGUCUUCGUUUAUCAACAAGGAGCGGGUUGCAGAGGUUAUAGCACACGAGUUAGCUCACCAAUGGUUCGGUAACCUGGUGACGAUGAAGUGGUGGUCAGAUCUGUGGUUAAAUGAGGGUUUCGCGACCUUCGUGGCAUCACUUGGGGUUAUGAACGUCGAACCCACCUGGCAUGCUGAUAUGAGUUACGCAGUCACCAAUAUCAUGUCCGUGCUUCACCUGGAUGCGCUGGAAUCUAGUCAUCCUGUAUCAGUAGAAAUUGACAACCCGAAACGUAUAUCAGAGAUCUUUGAUGAGAUCUCGUACAAGAAAGGAUCGACGUUGAUCCGUAUGAUGUCAAUGUUCUUAGGAGAAGAAGUGUUCAGGAAGGCGCUUCAUAACUACUUAAUAAAACACUCGUAUGGAAACGCGGAACAAGACGACCUCUGGGCGGAACUAACACAAGAAGUCCAAAAGGCUGGAGGGCUUACCGCUAAUGUCACGGUUAAGGAGGUGAUGGACACGUGGACCAAACAGACCGGAUACCCGAUACUUGAAGUCCAGAGGGACUAUUCUGAAAAGUCACUGACCAUAUCGCAGAAACGCUAUUUAUCUCUCGGUGGAUCUUUCCGUACUAACUCUGCUUGGUGGGUUCCUCUAAGUGUUCUAUGUGAGAGGGAUACCAUGGCUCAAGAUGUUCAGUGGUUGUCAGACAAAGAGGGUGUUGAUAAGGAACACAGGUAUGAGCACGGCGCGAGUCCUGAUGAAUGGGUCCUCUUCAAUUAUAAUAUGAUUGCCCCGUACCGCGUGAACUAUGAUGCUCGUAACUGGCAACUUCUAGUCUCCACUCUUACUAGUGACAAAUUCAGCCAAGUGCCGGUCAUGGGAAGAGUCCAGUUACUGUCCGAUGCAUUUGCACUUGCCUGGACCAAUAAAUUGGAUUAUUCGACUACGUUGCAAUUGGCAAGUUACCUCCAACACGAAGACGACUAUCUUCCCCUAAUGACGGGCCUGAACGCGCUCUCGAAAAUUGAAAACGUACUAAAACGUACACCUCACUAUGGCGCAUAUCAGAAGUUCUUGAGGAAGUUAAUCAGAAGAACAUACGAGAAGACAGGUGGUCUUGCUGCUAAGAAGAUAUUGAAUGGGGAUGAUUUGAAUAGCGUAAAAAUGCAGGUAAAAACCAGUUCAACAGCGUGUCGUGCGAAGGUGCCAGGAUGCGAAGAGAAUGCCCUACAGUUGUUUGAACAGUGGAUGAAUACUAAGAAUCCCGAUGAAAACAAUCCCAUUCCUUUAGAUCUCCGUUCGACAGUGUACUGUGUGGCGAUUGAGCGUGGAUCCGUACGUCACUGGCGAUUCGCGUUGGAGCGGCGCCGGCGCACGAAUGUCGCGGCCGCCAAAGAUCAAUUACUCCGCGCAUUAUCCUGCUCCAGAGACAUUUGGAUACUUGCACAAUACUUGGAGUGGUCGAUUACUGAUGGUUCGGAUGUGCGUCGCCAGGACUCUGCUUCGGUAAUCACAUCUGUGAUUGCAUCGGAACUUGGCUAUUACUAUGGAAAGGAGUUCUUAUAUUCACGCAUUGAGGAUAUUUACAAGGCAUUCAAUGGUCAGGGCCGUCGUUUGGGCUACAUUAUUAAAACUUUACUCAACCAGUUUACUACGCAGCGGGAACUAGACGAGUUCCUGAAAUGGUACGACCAGAAUUCCGAAUAUCUCGAUGAUGCGAAGCUGGCCGUGUCUCAAGGUAUAGAGCGCGCUCGAGUCAACAUAGCCUGGAUACAGCAGAACCAGGCCCUCGUCGUCGACAAACUGAGGGAAUAUUCGCAGUAAGAUAUUGUAUUAUUACAUAGACCGCGACUUAAUUUUUACGUACUAUAAAUUAUAAUUAACUAUUAUUGUGUUACACGUAAAUAUUCGUGUCUAAAAAUUUGUUUGACUUAUUUGGGCUCACCGUUACAAAAUACUAGUUGAAAAUAUAAUUGUAAGAUGUUUUACUUAUCUCUAUAUCGUAAAUAAAAAAAAUAGACGAUUUGUGAAUUAUACUGCAAAAACAUUAUGGGAACUUAAUAUAGAACGGUAGAAUGAUAGAUGAACUAGAAGUGAGAUAAAUAAAAUAAAAUGGAGAUUCAUUUAAUUUUAAACGCACUUUUGAAUUAAUUUUUAGCUAUUGGCUUCCGUAUGGAUUUUGACAUAUGGAAGUCAUACUUAGCGCUUAGUCUCGACUCUGAAACUUAGUACCGAAUUAAGAUUGUUGUUUAAAAGUAUAUUGUUAAUCGCUAAGUAGUAUUCGGUAAUAAAAUAUUUAUUUUUAUUUUUAAAGGGUUGAAAUUUUCAUAAUUUAAUAAAAUCACACAUUUUAAAAUAUUUUGUUACUAGCGGUAUUAAUUGUAUGUAUCACUGUAUAAAUGUCACUAAAGUAGUGCUAUUGCUUGUAUAAAAAUAUUUAAUUGUGAGCACUUUGUAUAUUUAGUAUCGCUUAUUUUCGAGGCUUUUUUAAAAAAAUAAUUAGAACGAAAUGUAUAAAAAAAUAUUUUCCCAUUUGGUAUUACAUAAUUCGUAAGCAAAUGCAAAAAAAUGCAAUCUCUCUAGUUGUUAUUUUGUUAUGAAUAUAAAAAUAUCAACAAAUUUGAUACAAAAAACACCAACAACAAUUUUUUUUUGUAAUAGUGAAGUAAACAAAUGUCGGCUAUUGAUAUUGUAUUAAUAUUUAUAAUUACGUAAUUAAAGCUUGCACAUAUGCAUUAUAAAAAGGUAGAUCGUAAAUACACGCUAUACAUUUUUAGAUGCAUACAGAAUUUGUUUCCAAAAUAUAUUUUUUUGUUAGCAUCGAAUCUGCUGCUUGGAGAGGAAAACCGAUCUUCAUGUCUUCACUAUAUGCGAUACAUAAUAUAUCAAGUCAUCGUUUAACACCAUUUGAUUAAGACCAAUUCUAAGAUUAUUUAGGAACGUACUUAAAGCCUGGAUUAGUUAAAUAAUCAUGUUUUUGUAUUUAUUAAUUACUCUCAUAAAGAAUUAAAUUCCUCAUUUUUGGUGCUUAUGUAUCUAAAGUAUAUAAUUUAACUCAUAAAUGAAAAAAAUAAUGUAUCAGAUUUACGAGUAAGGUUUCUAGUACGCUCAUAAGUAAUGUCACUAAAUAUUUAUUUAAACUACAUAUAAUGCGUUUUUUACAAACAUUUUUCAUAAUUUUUGAUUUUGAUUUGUAUAAUUUUUUUGUGUACUUAUUUUUUAUGUAAAAAAUAUGAAUCCGUCCAUCAAAGGUUGUGUGUAGUUGAUCAAGUGAUUAGUAAAUUUAUUUAUAAUUAUUUAUAACAAUCGUGUGUGUAACAAAUAAAUUGUUUUAAUUA